AUGGACACGCAAGAAGACAAUGUACCAGUGGAAUCUCUGUUUCGCCCAGCAAAAAAGCGCAAGUUCAUGCGACGACGUCCCGAUCAUAACACUCCAGACGCCGAAGAAGCCGAUAAUCAGAAUGACAAUCCUGUCGCGUCACAAGCUCCGGGGAGCAAUAACCUUCGGCGCCCACGAACAAUUCGAAAGGGUGGCAUUGGGUUUUCCACUGCAUCACGACUAGGAGAUGACCAAGGCCAGCAGCUAGCACUAGUACCAGCAGCCGGAGAAACUGAGGAUGAGAAGAUACGCGCAAUGAACGAACGUUUCACAGGAUAUACCGGUCAGACAGUCGAUGUCGAUAAGCACAUGAUGGCAUUCAUAGAUUCCGAAAUGGCUAAGCGCUACCAACCUGAAUCAAAAGCGGACGAUUUAGGUGCCAACCAAGCAACCCAGGAGGAAGUCGCGGCAGGGCUAUCACUGCCUGGACACCAGACACGCGAACCUGCAUCGCUAGGCAAACUCCACGAAAUCGACCUCGGCCACGAAGCUACAUUGCGAAACAUUGCGCGGACAGAAGCUGCGACUCGACAAAUGGCCGACAGGGGAGAACUGCCGACAUCAGUGGGUCAGGCUGCUUCGGAGAUGGGUCGCCCUGGCGCAGACGGCAAGUCAUGGCGCAAUCGCAAACAGAGGACAGAAGCAGACAUCGCGAGAGAUCGUCUUGUAGAGGAGGUGCUACGUGAAAGCAAAUUGGAAAUUUAUGAUGAACAAGAAGAGGAAACGCAACUUGAUGACCAACAGGCUGCUGAUGACCGAGUUGCUGAGCAAUUCAGGCGAGACUUUAUGGAUGCCAUGCAGACUCGUCGUCGAACUCGGCCAGCAGCAAAACCGGCGGCCAAUGUUGAGGUGCCUCGGGGUCCGAAGCUUGGAGGCAGCCGCAGUGCAAGAGCUGCAAUGCGGGAAAAGGAAGCACAGGCGGGGAAGAAAUGA